AUGACAAAAGAGGAGAACCUGGAGGUGCAGGAGAAGGAGAGGCACGACCGGGAGGAGCAGGAGGAGGGGAGGGAGGAGAGGACAGAAGUGGAGGAGGAUGAGGAAGAAGAGCAGCAGGAGGAGGAGCGGGAGGAGAGAGAGGAGCGCGAGGAAGAGGAGGAGGCUCCGGCCGAACCGGAGCCAGAGCCCGUGUCUGUGUCCGAGUACCAGAGUCCGGUUCACGAGCCGCGGCGCCGAGCCAUGGUGCACCCGUCCGCCCAGGCACCGCUGCCCAAAGACUACGCGUUCACCUUCUUCGACCCAAAUGACCCGGCCUGCUUGGAGAUCCUCAUGAAUCCCCAAACCACGGUCCCUGAGCUGUUCGCCAUCGUGCGACAGUGGGUUCCCCAGGUGCAGCACAAGAUUGACAUCAUCGGCAAUGAGCUCCUGAAGCGUGGUUGCCAUGUGAACGACCGCGAUGGUUUGACCGACAUGACGCUGCUUCACUACAGCUGCAAGGCCGGAGCGCACGGAGUUGGCGACCCGGCGGCAGCGCUGCGUCUCACCACUCAGCUGAUCUCGCUGGGCGCCGACGUGAGUCUGAGGAGCCGCUGGACCAACAUGAACGCCCUGCACUAUGCCGCGUACUUCGACGUCCCGGAGCUGAUCCGAGUCCUGCUCAAAGCAGCCAAACCCAGAGUCCUGAACUCCACAUGCAGCGAUUUCCACUAUGGUACGGCUCUCCACAUCGCCGCCUCCAACCUCUGCCUGGGUGCAGUCAAAUGUCUGCUGGAGCACGGAGCCAACCCCACCGUCCGGAACGAUAAGGGUCAGGUUCCAGCAGAGGUGGUUCCCGACCCAAUGGACAUGAGCCUGGACAAGGCGGAGGCGGCAAUGGUGGCCAAAGAGCUGAAGCAGCUGCUACUGGACGCCGUUCCACUGAGCUGCAAUCUUCCCAGAGCCACGCUGCCCAACUACGACAACAUCCCAGGAAACCUGAUGCUGGCCGCUCUGGGGCUGAAGCUGGGAGACCGCGUGGCAUUGGACGACAUGAAGCCCCACAGAGACCAGAGCAGAGACGACAGCCCGGCUGCAAAACGCAGACAGGCUGGCACUCUGAGGUUUUGUGGUACUACAGAGUUCGCCAGCGGGCAGUGGGUCGGCGUGGAGCUAGACGAGCCAGAGGGCAAGAACGAUGGCAGCGUGGGCGGCGUCCGCUACUUCAUCUGCCCUCCGAAGUUAGGGAUUUUCGCUCCAGUUUCAAAGAUUUCCAAAUCUGUGGACCAGACGCCUUCAUCAGUCACCUCCACCCCAAGAACACCCCGCAUGGAUCUGGCCUCCCGCCUCGCAGGAAAGACCAAGAAGGAGAAAGAGAAGAAGGAGAAAGAGCGAGAGAAAGCCCAGAAGAAGAAGGCUUCAGUAGCCAGUCUGGAUCCAGAGGGAAUGAAUGUGGAGGUCGGAGAUCAGGUUCUGGUAGCCGGACAGAAGCACGGCAUCGUUCGUUACUUUGGCAAGACAGACUUUGCUCCAGGUUACUGGUUCGGUAUCGAGCUGGACCAGCCCACAGGGAAACACGACGGCUCGGUGUUUGGGGUCCGCUACUUCAGCUGCCUGCCCAAAUAUGGAGUGUUUGCUCCGCCCUCCCGUGUCCAGAGAAUCGGAGGCCCUAAGGACGGCUCACAGAACGACAGCUCCACGGUGAAGAAGGUCCACCAGAUCACCAUGUCACAGCCGAAGCGUAACUUCAACACGAUGCGUUCUCCUAAAGACCUCACGUCUGAGAGCUCCAUAUCCAGGCUGCUCUUCUGUUGUUGGUUUCCGUGGAUGCUGCGCGCUGAGAUGCAGUCCUAACUACGCCCUUCCUCUUCUCUCUUCUACUCCACCACCAGAUCAGUCUCUCCGCUGUACUUGCUCUCCAUCUUCUACUCCUGCUUUCACCGACUUUCGCCGUCGUCAGUCAAACUUCUCGUGGUGACCCCGUCCCCCUCCUCUCUUAAUCUCAGCCCAGAACCUCCUAAUUUAGCCGUUCUAUAGCAAAAUCUAUAGUGCCUUGUAUCUGAUCAAAACGUUCCGCAUUCCUUUGAAGAAACCGAGAAUCUGAUUCCUCCAAAAAACCCAACCUUUCACGUCUUCUCACCUCAUCGUCCCAGCUCGGUAUUUGUCCGUGCUGUGCUGUCAUUCGGGGCCUAACAACAACCACAAAACGUUCGUUUGUGCUGCUACGUGCUUUUGUUUUUGCUGCUACUAGCUUUGGGUCUUAAACAGAUUUUGUCAUUAAUGCUAAGCUCGGCACAAGCUAGCUCAAACGUGGACAAUAAUGCAGAUAUUCAGCCUGUGCUUUGUGGUUUGGCAGAUGUGUUUGUUAAAUUCUCAGACACUUUCUGCACAAAUGAACAAGAGCAGCGCACGAGAGCUCAAACAGUUUGUGCAAAAUAAGUUUGUCUGCUCGUCUGAGACCAAGAACCUCUGCUGUCUCCGCUUGAGUUAAGAUGUAAAAAUCCCGAGUGCAUGGAGGGAAAAUCCCAGAAAACAUCCCGACUCCAAACUGUUUGAAACUCAGAAGUGAAAACAGGGUUUUUACUUGAACGCAGCCAAUAAUUGUCUGUAGGAGAGUUUAUUUCCACUGCUGAUGUGUGAGAUAAGUAAGUGGUUCUUGGCCUCCGGGUUGACUCGCUGUAUGUGGAGGAGUGUGGAUGCUAACAUUUAAUAACAAGAAGAAGCUUUAUCUUUAAUUUACAUUUUUCCAUUUUUCCUGACCACAAAGAACAGCUUUGAUGUUUAUCCUGCUGUUUGUCAGCUGUUAAUCUUUAAAGGUACUUUUAGCAAACGUCUGGCAGGAAAUGCAACGCACAUUUUCACCACAAGGUGGCAGCGCUUCAUCUGAGCUCCAGUGUAGUUUUCCACCAGCACUACAGUCGUCUACAUGCACAGAACGAUUUUUGUGCUCCAAUGAAUAAAAUAAGUCUGAUUAGCAACAUUUGUACGAAUGUUGAGCUAAUUUUAGAAUUUCUCGUGAGCAGUUUAGGUCCACCUGGUGGUCGACAGAGGUAUUACAUCAAUUUGCAUCUGCAACAUAAAUGUCUUUGACAUAAAGGCGCAAGCUGGUUUAUUUUUUGAAGGAUUGAAUCUGCUUUUGUCCAAGAAUUCUUUACAAAAAGUACCUUUGAUUAUAGUCACUGCUAAUCAGCGUACUGCCAAUACUCGGACACUAAUAACAGGCUCCAGUUGUAAUCUGUUAACCAUAAACUGCUAACUGACCCAAACCGUUGACGUUUCCGGCCCCAUUUCAUGAGACUGUCAUGUCUUUAUGUUGCCUCUGAACACGAGCUUCAGUUCCAGCUAAAUGUGAUGUCCAGUCCAUUCAGGGUAGAAUAUGUCUUUGUAAUAUUAAGCGUCCCUUCAUCAGCGCCUCCAUUUCGAGGUUUUUAAUGACCUUUACUUAAAAGUUUAACCCCCAAACGAGCUCCCGAGUCCAAAUCUUUGAUCUUCCUCUGACCCUCCUCUCUCGCUCCUCUCUCUCUCCAUUUAAAUAAGACUUUGGUAUCUUUUGUGAAUGUGAGCAUCCGCGAAAAGAAAAACACAAGCUAACCUAAAUGUGUGCUUAAUGGUAAAUCUCUGCAUAACUGAGAAACAGCAAUAUGUAAACAGUGUACCUAUCUCUGUGUGGAAACGUUUCCUGUGUUAAUGUCUCGUUACACUCUGUGAGCACUCGAUACAGAGAGAUGAACACACUCGCGCUCGGAUGGCCGAGGCUGCUGGGGCGAGCACAGAGAAUAACCGGGCAAGCGAAGGGAUGAAAUCCAUCCUCAGUUUUGAUCCAAGUCAAGUGGAAAGUGACCCAGAUGCCACCAGGAAGACCGUGGAGCGUAUUUGGUGAGGUCAGAUCCUCAGUUUGUGCUGCUUCAUUAUUCUGUUAUCUGAUUCUUGGACGGAGCAUUCAGAUCUCAUGAGCAAGACCGGGCAGAUUUGGUAACUUGUUUCCAGAGAUGUAAAACUUUAAACUAUGAGAAUUAUGAAAUAUGACCAACCACCUUCCUGCAAACACUGGUUGAAGGUCAUUUUAGAGAAUGAUGAGGUCAUUAAGAGCCUUUGAGGCGGGGCUUGCCGGUUUUUCUCUCCGUGUGCUCUGCAGCCUCGGCCAAAGGAGACAUUUGUGGUUGCUCGUGCACACUGCUGUGGAUAAUGUCCUGUUUGUGCUCGUGGAAUCAGCUUCAACGUUAUACUAACGAGAACUGCAGUGCUUUUGCUUUUCCACUCACCGGGCGCUCAGUUUAACCCAGUCAGCUGCAGGAUUUAGUCCAUGUGGUCACAAACUUUUCAUUCCUGCUUGAACUUGACCUGAGCCUCGCCUCUGAAUGACUUAACCAGACGAGCGGUAGGUUGAGUCAUGUCGCGUUCCCCACGGACACAAACUGGUGUCCUGGUAGGACUGUAGUAAAUUUAAGCUGCUUUAAGGAUGUCCUGAAAUCAUCAUGGAUGAGAUGAACACAAAAAGUCAGUCCUGCAUCCAUCGAGUUGUUGGAACCGUCCAAAAGUGUCCUGAGAAGCAGCUUUUUGAAAAAUGGGACUAGACGUUCGAGCGAUGUGCAGAUGACUUACUGCUUUACCUUCACAAAUAAAUAUCACAGCCACAGCCCAAACAAGCCAGACGAACCGGAGUCAGUCCACGUGUCGUAUUUGCAUCUGUUUAUAGUUUCACUCUGGAAAUUCAUCGCCACAAGUCAGCUGUCGUAGCACGGCGUUCAAUGCUGAAGCUCCACCCAGUCGGGCGAGCGUUAGUGGACCGCAGUGAUGGUGGAGGUUUGUCUUUGUACAGUAAACGUACAGUAACAGUACAGUCGAUAUGUCGGUUUGAACGUAGCGUGCUGUGUAGAUGUGGAGCGUCACCAGUUAUUAAUCUCACGCUAAAGGAAGCGUUACAGACGUUUUUAUCGCCACAUAUUUUCACUUUGGUUUCUGUAUCCAAGGCCGUUGCCGCUCCUUUUGCCUGAUUUAGCUCUUUAACUACAAACUCUCACUUUGUCGUUUUUGUUGAUUGGAUUUCAAACAUGCUUUUACUUUAAGAUUGGUUUCCUUACUUUGAGGCAGCAGGAAUGUUUGAAAUUUUGCAUCCUUGUCGAGAUUCAGCCACUGAAACUCCGUCAUGUCGUAGCCAUCAUCUUCUCCUAAUCGAAACCAAAAUGUGACUGUAAAUUAAAAAUGUUCUAGAAAUGUUUCCACUUUUUGGUUUCAAAUGAAAAUCCUGUUUGAUGCCUUCAUCGCCCACGUUGGCUUCGUUUCUCCACACUUCAACAAGAUGAGAUGACGUUAAAUACAUGUAUCCUGAGAAUCGUGAUCAGGGAUGCACCGAUCAAACUUUUUCAGCUCCAGUGUGGUAGCCUGGCUUUGGGUGUCUGCUGAUAUCGAGGACUGACCCAGGAACAGUCUGGAAUGAGGAAGCAGUGAUCUUUACUGAUCUUUACUGAUCUUUACUGGAAGCUGGAGCCUGAAAGUGAAAAUUUAAAAGCAAAGAAGAGAAACUCCCGUUAGCCUCGUUAUGAGUGUUGACGUUGGUCCACCAGAGGGCAGCUUCCCUGAUGAAACCAAACAAAAACAAGAUUAUGACAAUAUUAUCUUAUUAAAGACUCACAAAUACAACAGAUAUUCAGGAAAUCUGUUUGUAUUUCAAGUGUCUGGAAGACAAAAAUAUCAUUGGUUGAACUGAUUUGUGCGUCGCGUCUGUUACUUUAGUUUCCUUUGGUCCUCUCGGUCUGAGUGCUCCUCACAUGCACGUUUGUAUCAUCCACAAAUAAAAGCUGUUUGCAUCGGAGGUGUGAAAAGCCUCAGAGUUGCUUUCCUGUUGGCUCCCUCCAUGCUACACCACAGCUGACAGGCCCUUGCUGAUGGGUGGUGUAAGCUACAUACAGCUGAACGACUUGUUGAAGUGUUCGGCGUCAGACUGACAGACAACCCAAAUAUCCGAUCAGUGCAUCCGUGAUCACGGUUGGUUCUGGAGAAGCGUUGUUAUUAUGUCGUAUGAGCACAAACACGGCGAUCGUCUCUCAUCUUCCACAACUCAAGACGAAGCUGAGUCAGGAGUUUAUUGUCAGUCGCCUCUGUGAUUUCUUUCCUCCUGAUGUGAAGCCGGGAGCCGUUGGACAGUUUUAGCGGCUCAGCUCUUGUUUGCAACACAACUUCUCUGCAAGCAGAUUUUCAGAGCUGCACUGACGCCAGCGGCUGCUUAAAGGAAGGAAAUCAGUCACGUUUGGAUCAGCAGGAAUGGAAACUGUGAUUUGUAGUUAACUGAGAGAGUCGGUGUCCUUUAAAGAAGUGACGGCUGUCUGACGAUGUAACGUCGAAAUCACAGAAACGAACUCGGCACUGCUCGUUUCAACAUUCGGAGUCUGAAGAUUAUACAGUAUAUAGCCUAUAUUUUGAUAACUUCACUAAGUGUACUUUUUGUUCUCUGGUUUUGUAAAGUGUGCGUGUGUGUUACUUUAGUCCAUGUGUGUGCGUCACUCCUGUUUUCAAAGUGUGUUUAAAGCCGACGGGCGCGGAAGCAGAAACAGGAGAGAAGGAGCAUCGACGUCUUCUUCCUAACAGAUCCUCACUGCAUGCUCUCUCAGUAUUUUCUCAUUCGGGGUUUUCAGUGUAUCUUCUCAUCAGCAUGAAAAUGCUUCUAAUAAUAACAACUAUGAAUAUAAUAAAGAUUUGAUGUUUUUCUAAA